AUGGUGAUCACCCUGAGCCAAAUGGGCGACUUGGAGCUUCCGGACCUCCCUCCCAACCAGCGCUUGGAGUCCAACAUCAUCAGACCCGACCAGUUCACCCGCAAAAAGCUCAAAGUCAUCCUCCAUCUCAUCACAGCCGAGUUGAAACUCAGAGGCACCAAGACCCCCCACAUCUUCCUCCCGUUCAGAUCCAAGAUCGACGACGCCAAGCUCGAACUGUUUUUGCAACUCAUAUUUCCCGACGGAGAACUCCUCAACUUGAAGGACGAGGACGGCGUGAAGCUGAUCCUCAAGGCCACCGAUGAAUUCACAUUGAUCUGCGGCUUGAAAUACUUAUGGAGUCGUCUACCUAACCACGAAAUCAUCGGCUGGAGUGUAUACUUGGAGUACAGGCGAAAGGAGAAAGAAGCAGGAUAUCCCAAAAGCGCAUUCCUUAGUAUCUUGCCAAAGUGUUUGUCGUCACCUGCUCAUGCCUCCAUCGUCUAUGAUUUCUUGGAUUUAUUGAUAAGCAUCACCUCGAACUCCCAGUACAAUUAUUUGAGUGGAAGAAAAAUCGCUAAGAUGUCUAGUUUGUGGGCUUUUAAUGGUACUUCGAGAUUCAGAUCGUCUCCUUUCUAUGAUGCUACCAUUAAAAAGGAAAACAACUUUAACGAUGGCUUGGAAACUUGGAAAUCAUCUUCCGAUGCCUUGUUUCAUCUACUCUUAUCAUUUUUGAGAGCAAUGUUGCCCGACAAGGAGCUGGAAACCUUGAAGUUGCCCAAGACCUUACAGUCUCUUUUAAUCACGAAUUCAUACCCACCAAUGGAAAAUAAUGACUCCCUAAAAUCCAUGAUUACGAUACCUUGUGUCAAUAUAAGCUCCACAAAACCCUCAAACAAUCCAUACGAAUUGCUCAGUAAAGUGAGGCACACCCUCAGCUUUGAAAAGAAAGAUUCAUUUCUUUCAAUUGAGAAUUACACUAUCCUUAAAAACAUUUUUCAAAAGGAAUCAACAAAUGAUAUUGUGGCGACGUUAACUGAAGAAUCAAGAAGGAUAUUGAACAGGCUAACUACAGAUCCAAUCAGCUCCGAUUAUGACUUGUAUCCAGGAUGGGUGAAUCGAGAAUGUACGAAUGAAACUCCAGUUGAUCCGAACAUCCCAUUGUACUCAGCAAUCUCCAUUACAAAUAUCACAAUUCAGGAUUACUAUAUAUGGACUUGGUUGUCCUCGAUAGGUUCUGAUCAAACGAGUCACAUCAAGAAAUUAUUUGGAAGAUCUUUGGUGUUGGAAGCAGGAUUAAGAGGGUUUCAAAAAUGGUUGAUAGUUACAGAAAAGACUUUGAGUACUGAGGAAUAUGUUGCUCACUUUAAUAAUGGAGACGUUUCAAGCAGGAGAGUGGUUUCAAAUGAUAGCUAUGCGAAGAAAGAUACGCCUUUGCCACCACCACCUCCUCCAGAGAAGGACACCAAAGGAUUAUUGCCAAAAAUCAACUUUAGCGAGCAUGACUCGAGACUCGAUGUAUCUAUUGAUGAAGUUUCUGGUCAUAUUCGCAGUGAAAAUACAAAAGAAGAACUCAGCGAUUAUCAAACCUACAUUAAUAGCUUAGAUGAUCAUCAUGGAAGUGAAAUAGGGAAACCACAGACAAGUUCUACUACUUCGAGCCAGAUGAGAACAUCUGGGAGAAGGCCACCACCACCGCCUAUGGAAACAGAGGCACCUGGUGCACAACAUCAGCAAUACGAUCAAGCAUAUUCCCAACAGUCAUACACUCAACCCACAUACAGUGACCUCGCAUAUGACCAACCGGGCACAAAUACUCAGACUACAUAUAAUCAGCCAAUGUAUCAACUAGCACCUCAACAAAAUGGAAACAAUGUGAAUGCUAAUUACGACCCCAAUGCACCAGCACCUCCAGCCCCAUUGCCUGUUUCUAACGAAAAUCUCAACAGCCCUUCGUUGGUUGCAGACAAAUCAGCUUUUGUUCCUGAGAAGUCACCUGGAGCCCAAAGCCAAUACUUGACCCCUGACCAGCAUUCCCCUCAGAGAAAUAGCAUAGCCACUCAGUUCUACUCACCCUCGAAGGAUGGAUUUCAUGAGCCUUAUGAGUUAUAUGUUACUGCGUAUGAGAAAGCAGAGCUUGCGAAACAGAAUCAAUCUGACGAACCAUUUGACAAUUAUCAAGUUCCCGGACAACCCGAGCAAACUUACCCUACAGAACAGGUCCAAAACCACGAGCAAGUACAACAAGCCAAUCCAGCUGUAAUUCAUGAACAAACACAGCAAGGAUACAUUGCUCAACCUGAAGAUCAACCAACAUAUGAAGUUGCCCAGGACAUGACUUAUGCAGAUUAUGGUCCUACUGAGACAGAACAAAUUCCCCAGCAUCAAGUUCAUCAAGAAGAGUAUUUCGCACAAGCUCCCCAAGAUCCUCAGUAUCUGACAGGCCAGGAGGUUUACCAAGAUCAAACAGUAAGCCCGGGACAACAAUCACCUAACCCAAACGAGGACGAGACAGAAGAAGCGAAGAAAGCUAAAGAAGAAAAGCGUAAGAAAAGGAAGGAAAAGAAGAAAAAGGAAAAGGAAAUGGAGCAAGAAAAGGAAAUGGCAGCUCUUACAGCUGCAAUGGCAUAUGGAUUUUUCCCACCUCCCGGUGGAAUGAUGCCUCCCUUCGGAACUGAUGGAUUACCGCCAAUACCACCACCUGGGUUUUUCCCAAUGCCCCCUGGUUUGGAACCGGAAUCUCCAAAGAAGAAAGAUAAGAAGAAAAAGAAAAAGAAAUCAGAAGCCUCAGGUGAAAAGUCUCCCGCUAAGUCGUUGCAACUGUCCCCUGAGACUAAACAAAAUCCAACGUUUUCCGCCCAAACAGAGGUCUCUCCAGUGCCCCUGCAAUUGCCCUCUCCGACAGUUUCUAUGUCGCCUGUUGGACGUGAAGAGCAGCGAAGAUCUCACCCUGGUCCAAUACCAGCAACUGUUAGUAUGAUACCCCCAAGUGCACAUGCUCCAGCUCACCUUGGAGUCCCAUUGGUGCUGCAGGUUCCACAAACAACAGUUGCAACCACAGCAUCAACAUCUGCACAAGCACCAGCACCGGCACCAUCCUCAGCGAGACAACAGGUCAACCAGGCACAUGUUUCUCCACCUAACCCACCUCAAAAGGUGCAGUUAGCAGUUCCGCAAGAUUAUGAUCACAUUGUUCCCAAGCUUUCCCUUCCUCCUGCAGCACCUGUCAGCAAGCCACAACCACAACCACUGCAAGAAGUUGUUACUGGUCCUCGCCAACCUCCACAGGUUCAGCAUGCACAAGGUGUACAAGCUUCUCAAGCUGGCUAUCCAGAUCGGGGAGGCCAUUCGCCUGAAACGGGUCAACCUGUACCAACUAUUCAGGCACAGAGACAAACUCAGAUGCCUACAGUGACAACCCUUGCACCUCCUCGUUCUCAGCCGCUUAAGAGUCCGCUUGUGAAGAGUAACGAAGCGUUUGCCUUACCAGCUCCUGCCCCUAUAUUACGGGCAAGAGGACUGGAAUCUUCCGAAAGCUUAGCCAACCCUCCUUCUGCACCACCAAAACCUACUACGUACCAACCACAACCCCAAAUACCACCGCCUGCUGCACAAACGCAGUCACGAUCUCCCAUGUUGAACCAGAGAUUGGAUGCUUCCCUUCCCAGCUUACCACUGGUGGAAUCUGGCCGCUCUCCUCAUUCAGGACAAACAUCGCCUCAAUCUAAUCACAGUUACCAGCACAGAGGACAAUCGCUCCCCCCUACCCCAAACUCGCAGGUCUCUCACGCAUCUACACAUUCGGCACCUCAUCCUACACAUACUGUUGGCCCUCAAGGACAUAGGACAUUAGCACCCAAUCAAAGGCCUCCGCAGCCUUAUGGUUCGCAGCCAGGAAGUCAAACUCAUUUGCCCCGGCCAAACCCUUCAUCUGCUCAACCUUCUCCUCAGCCAAACCUGUAUGCUCAGCAUCCAAAGGGCCAUGCACAACAACAACCCCCACAACCAAAUGUACAGGCGCCCCACGGGCAUGUGCAAGGACAUCCGCCUCAAGGACAUCCGCCUCAAGCACACCAGCCGCAAGGACAUACACCACAACCGUCGCCUCAGCCCAAUGUCCACGCACAACCGCCUCCGCCACAGGGACAUAGCCAUCCACCCCCACAGGGACACCCUCCUCAGCACUAUCCGCCAGCACAACCAUACCCACAGGCUCCACCACAGGGAUACCCCAGUUAUCCUCCUCCACAAGGAUACCCCAACUAUCCACCUCCACAAGGCUACCCUAAUUACCCACCCCCACAAGGCUACGAUCCAAACUAUUACCCACCUCCACCUCCUGGAGGCUAUUACCCUCCCCAACCCUACUAUCCACCACCCGGAGGCCACCACCACCCGCCUGCUCAUUCUCGUCAACCUCCCAAACAAACUACGAGUGAUGUGGCGAUGAGAGGCAUGCCUAGUGCUAACAAAUUCAACAAGAACAAGAACAACAAUAAGGCAAAUUUGAGAGCUGCCUUCAACCAAGGCAGUUUUGGAAUUUGA